AUGAGUCUUCGUAGGUUGUUCUCCACCAACCGUAGAAACCCUUCGUUUCCAAAUGCAGUAGGAAGCACAAGCUCCAUGGAUCCACCACCGAUUGUAGGAGAGACCGGAAACACCAAGGAGGAUGUCCAUGUUGAUAGCUUGGAUUCUUACGAUCCAAAGGAAGACCAUCCACUUCGUGCUUAUUACAAGGGCUACAAUUCUGCCAAAAAACACAUUCUCGAGAAGAAAUUCUUCCAAGGCGCCGCAUCGGAAAGUGAGAUUCAAGAUUAUGUUGCUAAUCUCUUACCAACCAUCCACAUGGCUGAUACUUCCGAGGAUCAGAAGAAAGAAAUGACUGAGAAGGGAGUUCGUAUGGCACUCAAACACGUCGGGUUUCUUCCUCGGGAUUAUUAA